AUGGCACUCCACAUGCGCAUUGGCAACACAACGCUUAUGCACGCAGUAAAGAAAGCCCACACCCCACCAGAUGCGCUUGUGCGGGAAGCCCCUCCGCUGAUGAGGUUCCGCGCGAACAAGGCGCACAAGCCACAUGGGACUAUGCCAUGUCGGAAAAUAAUCCUGCAGACGACAUUUUGCGAGGUGAAAGGGUCUAACCGACGGGCGUCGCGAAGGGGUGUGGCUUUAAAAGGGGGCCCGGGGGGCGGGUUAAGGGCGCUUUCCGCACCCCCCCCCCNCCCCCCCCCCCUACAUCAGUUCCAUAAAAACUAA